GCCUGUGCAGCCCGGAUCGAGGGUUGCGGCGUGGAGGACAAGGAUAUGAACAUCCUGAGGAUGGAAACGACGGACGGGGACUUUGGUGCAACGUGUCCUCCAGCAUGUUCGUCGUUUGCCAUCCGGUAUCCCCACACCUAUAUUAUACACACAUAGAUGCUGUGUCGGGCGGCACGAGCCACGAGCGCCUGGCCUCGGCGGCGGUGGUGCCCGGGGCCAUGUCGUCUACCUGAGCCACGUAUAAAGGCGGCCGCGGCGCCCCACCGCAGCAGACCGUCGGCGGACUCUGGACAGACGCAGCUCACCGUCACCGCACACACUCACCGACAUGAAAUACCUGGUGCUCGCCGCCCUGCUGGCCGUGGCCGCCGGCCGGCCGCAGGAGCUCAAGACGCCAGAGGACUACGGCCUCCUGCGCAGCUCGUCCGUCACCAACGAGGACGGCAGCUUCCAGUACGGCUACGAGACCUCCGACCCGUCGUCGCAGGACGUGGCCGGACAGGUGAAGCAGUUUGACGAGGAAAAGGUCGGCACCGUCCAGCAGGGCAGCUACACCUUCACCGCCCAGGACGAGAACGGCAACGACGUCCAGGUGCGCGUCGACUGGGUGGCCGACGAGAACGGCUUCCAGGCGCAGAGCGACGCGCUGCCGCAGGCGCCCGCAGACCCCAACGCCGAGGCGCAGGCCGCCGCCCUCGCCAAGUUCUCCCAGAUCGAGGCCGAGAAGAACCAGUAGACCACCCGCAGACGAACAGACACACGAUCGACAACGCCGAGACAUCACCACAUCGAAAUUCCAUUCCAUUUUCCAUCCCGUUUUGUGAUAGAAAAUUUUCAUAUUGUGUGCUGAAUCAUUGAACAGAGACUAAUGACGCUCAAUAAAUGAAAAAUGUUACACGA